UGUCGCGAGCUACGCCGUAGCGCGCGUGUUGCUACGAGCCGCCUCCCUAAACACGCUACUAUUAAAUAUUUCAACUUUUCGGUUUAGAUUAAAUUGCUUAACAAGUAACAUGUAAGGUUCAAUUGUUAAAUAAUAAUAACAGUGAUUUUAGUUUCAAUUCCAUAAAGUUCCAUAAUAUACUGAGGUAGCUACACGUUUUCGAAGAUGAUGUCCGAAGACAGGUCCCGAGUUCAACAGAACGAUCUUCUUUUACACGAGGCCGUGAUCAAGAAUGAACCAGAAGCAGUCAGGGAGGCUUUACGAAGACCCACAAAUGUCAAUUGCAGGAACAAUUACGGCCGAGCGCCAAUUCACUGGGCAGCGAGCAGAGGCAACACUGAAAUAAUAAACUUACUUAUAGAAGCAAAAUGCGACAUUGAAGCUGUAGACAAGUUUGGAAUGAGACCACUGUUAAUGGCAGCAUGGCACGGACAUCUUAACGCUGUACAAACUCUCGUCAAAGCAGGCGCUUGUCUUGCAGCUACUAACAAGAAAAACAAUGACAUUCUUCAAUGCGCGUGUGCUCGUGGAUCCAAGGAAGUAGCAGCUUACGGAAUAGCCCUCGGCGCUAAGAUACAAGGAUGCGACAUGGCGGGAGACGCACCUCUUGCUCUCGCAGCACGCGCUGGCUACACUGCCGUCGUUGAACUAUUGCUGGAGAAAGGAGCCUACAUAGACGCCGUGAAUAAGGUAGGACGAACUGCUCUUCAUGUCGCCUGCGAAGGUGGUCACUGCAGCACUGCUACUCUCCUGGUAACUAAAGGUGCAUCGCGAGAAGCCCAAGACAAUUCUGGGCGUACACCACUUCACCAAGCCGCCGUACAUCGGCAUACGGAACUAGUGAGAGUUCUCCUUGAUACGGGAUGCAACGUAAAUGCCACAGAUAAUAACGGGGUAACCGCUCUACAAAUGGCAUGUGCCCAAGGUUGUCGCGGUAUCGUGGAGCAUCUACUUGCGGUUGGGGCCGACGUGCAUCUUCAAAAUAACGUGGGCUCGUCAGCGCUCCACGCGGCGUGUGCGGCGGACGCUACAGACAUUGUGGAGCUACUCUUAGCGCACGGAGCGGACCCAGCUUUGACCGAUCAAUGGUCUCAAUCGCCCUUGAGCGUGGCGGGUGGCGCAGCGGAGUCCCCUCCGGAGGGAUUUAGACGAGCGGCCCGAGGUUCCUUCUCAGCUAUACUGGAUUUGUUGACAGCCACCACCAACCUCGAUCAUCAUCAAGAGCACUCUGACGGUUCAACGUCCCCACGUCACGAAGAUAAGUCCGGCGGCCAUUCUCCAGCCGCUAAUGAAGGAGAAGGCAACAGCGAGAGGUGAUGGUCAGCGACCACUCUUCUUGAUAGACUUGCGCAGCGAGGCUUCGCAGCAGACACACGCCUAGCUCUACCGCCUACAGGCUGUGCGAGAUACCGUGAGCUAUGCUACCGCGCGUCGCAGGCACAUGCGACGCCAGACCGUGCGCCGGAGCCGUGCGACUGCGUCAACUGCUCGCGAAGACGCUCUGUAGACACCUGACCAGCAGACGAUCCCGAUUCGAAGCGACCCAUACCCAGCGCCACCAUCGUGGGAAGAUCUUAUAAAUUUUAAACCCUAGCUUCAAAUAAUUAUAGACAAAACUUCUUAAUUUCACUUAUUUUCAUUCCGAAAAUAUAUGCAAUAUAAUUAAAAUAUGUGCUACUAAAUUUGACGGUAUUUUACAAUCUACUUAUAUAAAUUGCAAUGGGUUAAAAAAGGGGAUAUUUUUGUAACAGUCAACAUAUUGCGAUUCCAUUUUUUAUUAUACCAUGAUUCAAAGCCUAGAUAUAAAAAUUACUU